UUAUUUCUUGAUGAGGGAAGCACACCAGGAGGACGCGCACGCAGUCAUAAACAAACAUUUGGGCACCAGUCGUGUGUCCUGCCCCGUUCUUGCUUCUGGGGACCAGGGGUGUACUUGACCGACACGUGCGGCUGUCUCAAGGGAGAGGGAAAGCAAGUGUACGUCCUUCGGAGCGUGCCCUGACUCUCCUCAAGGGUGCUGAGAACUUCGACCGGGGAGACAGGAGUCGCUUCUGACCGGCUUUCCUCGUCAGGUGGCCCGGAUGGAUUCGCUGGGAAAGACGACGAGCAGCAGUGAGCAGAAAUCCAGCAGGAAGUUUUUGAAAAGCCUCAUCCAGAAACAGCCGCAGGAGCUGCUCCUGGUGAUGGGGACCGGCGUCAGUGCAGCGGUGGCCCCGGGCAUCCCCGCCCUCCGCUCCUGGAGGAGCUGCCUGGAGGCCGUCCUGGAGGCGGCGGAGCAGCUGGAGGUGCUGCACCCCGGGGACGUGGCUCGCUUCCGCAGGAAGGUGAUGAAGGACCGGGACCUGCUGGUUGUGGCCCACGACCUGAUCCGGAAGAUGUCCCCUCGGACGGGCGACACCAAGCCCAACUUCUUCCAGGACUGCCUGAUGGAGGUCUUCGACGACCUGGAGCGGCACAUCCAGAACCCGCUGGUGCUGCAGGCCGUGCUCGGCCUGAUGGAGAGGGGCACGCUGGUGCUGACCACCAACUACGACAACCUGCUGGAGCUCUUCGGGCAGCAGCAGAACAAGCCCAUGGAGUCCCUGGAUUUGAAGGACAAGACCAAGGUCCUUCAGUGGGCAAGAGGCCACGUGAAGUACGGAGUCCUCCACAUCCACGGCUUGUACACGGACCCCUGUGGGAUGGUGCUGGACCCCUCGGGGUACAAGGACGUCACUCAGGACCCGGAAGUGAUGGAGGUGCUCCAGAACCUGUACCGCACCAAGUCCUUCCUGUUCGUGGGCUGCGGGGAGACGCUGCGGGACCAGAUAUUCCAGGCGCUCUUCCUGUACUCGGUGCCGAACAAGGUGGACCUGGAGCACUACAUGGUCGUGCUCAAGGAGGGCGAGGACCAGUUCUUCAAGCACCAGGCCGACAUGCUGCUGCACGGGAUCAAGGUCGUGUCCUACGGCGCCAGCUUUGACCACUUCCCGGGCUACGUGCAAGACCUGGCCUCGCGGAUCUGCAGACGGCGGAGUCCAGACGCUGACCGAGUGGACAGCACCACGCUGCUGGGGAGUGCAUGUCAGGGCUGCGCAAAGAGGAAGCUGGAAGAGAACGGAACCGAAGUUCCGAAACAGCUCCGACAAUCAGAUGAUGCUGGAGCAUCUUGAAAUUUUUAAAACCAGUAAAACCUGUGACUUGAAGGCCAGCCUUCGGUAACCGCAGCGCCGCACCCGAACUCCACACAGAUCUCUCGCUUCUAAACUGUCAUGCUCCCCGAGAGGGCCCUGCGGGGGUGUGGCCCGAGGAGGCUGGGUGACAGUCCCCCGUGUGUGUCUAACUGCCGGGGGGGUGAAGCGCACACUCCAGGUGCCCUUUGUGAGGGCUGGUGGACAACUACCUCAGGGGCCCGAUCGGCAGGAAGGACGGUGCCCGGUAUCCUGGGCUCCCACUCGACACCCCCCUUUUUGUCAAAGUGGGUUUUCUAAUAAAAGGGAGAGAGUGAAGACUGUCCAAGCAACAGUAGUUGCCAAAGAGAAAAUAAAAACCUAAACUCUUAAAUUUUAUAAUUUUUAUGCAGAAACUCUAUUACUAUAGAAAAAACUUUUCAGGUGUGUUUGUUAUAUUGUAAUAUAGUAAGAAUAUUCCAGGCAUGGACUCUCCCAGUGAGAGUGGUAUGACUUUUAAAAGAGUGACUAGACCAAUAGGGCUUCUUUGGAAUUCCACAAUCUUAGUAACUUCAGUUCCAAAGAAGGACAAGUCUAACUACCGCCAGAAGCGAAGUCACGGAGAAACAGGGAGGACCUUUUCCCAAGUGCAGUUCCGUGCUCUGCAGGUCCGUUUUGCAGCUGGUAUCUGAGAAGUUACAAGUGGAGCACAGACCCGGUUUUUAACUUUUAGUUGAGUAUAAACUCCAAGCUUCCCACGUCCAUCCGAGGCUCUCGGUGCACAUCUCCUGACAUCCCCUCCCACGGCCCCGUGAACGGAUUCACUCAGGGCGUGGCAGGCAGACCUUGCAAAGGGAGGGACCGCAGCACCAGAGACGCCAACACUAGUUUCCCGGGGCCCCUCGGCAGGCGGCAGAGAGGGCUGCCACCCGCUGUGCCCGUGCAGGGAGUCGCUCUGUGAACGGCAAAGGCCCUGCCUGCUUUCUGUGUCAGGGGCUGUUUGCACAAGGCGUUUCGUGUCGAGCACUCUGCCCCUUCCCGCUGCUGGCACCGGAGCUCCCCACGGGUGUAAAGAACAAGAAGCGUAAGGUUGGGACGCGGAGGGGGUGAGAUAAGCCGGAGGCCUAUGUCAGACCUUUGUCUCCUUUCCAAAGCAUGAAAAACAAAUUUUAUGCUACUCUGGUCAUAAAUAAAAAUUUAAC